GGAGGAUUUUCAGGUUAGGGAUGUAGUUCGGGCCAAGUCCUCGAAAUGUGCUCCAGCUUGGCCAGCUCUAGUUGUCGAUCCAUUACGCGAUGCUCCUGAAUUUGCUUUGACUGAUUGUGUUCCAAACACCAUAUGUUUGAUGUAUUUUGGGGGCUCCAAGAAGGGGAAAAGGGAUUAUGGAUUGGUCCGACAGGAUUGAUAUAUCCGUAUGCUGCCUAUUCUGAUAGAAUACCUGAUUUUUUAGAAGCCGUAAAAGAAGCCACAUUUUAUGGCUGUGAGUAUAAUGACACCAGUGUGACAAACGAAGAUAAUGUUGAUUCCGCUUACCAGCCUACUUAUGAAGAUCUAGAAUCUCGUUUUAAUAAGACAAGGUUCACGCAACCAAAUUUGUCAUACUCUGCCUCUCAUUUAUGAAAGUCAAAGCAAUAUUGUGGGAUUUGUAAGAAGAUCUGGUAUUAGUCCAACAACGGGAAUUGGGUGAAGGAUGUUCGGGAAGAUGAUUGUUAUUGCCCGAAAUGUGAAGGAAACUUAAACUGCGAGGCACAGCUUCACAGAGAUCAAACAGACUGGAAAUGGAUGUGGGACAAGCUGCAGUACCUGGAGAGGUAUCAGUGAUUUGUAAUGGAAUGGAAGGGAUAUAUUAUUCAGCUCUGCGCUUGUGAUGGUGAAUUCCUACAAACUGGACAGCUACCUUUUAGCCGAAGCCACUCAUCAAUGCAGUCGGCAUGGAAACAAUGUUGGCACUCAGGAAUGCACCUGAGUGUCUCUUUGGCAUGGUAGUCCGAUAAGCAUAUUGGACA